UUAAAAGAACCUCAGAGAAGAAGGCGGGGCUAAGAAGAUUCCAGUUAUAAAAGCUUUCCUCCCCCUGUGUGGAGAGACCAGCAGGAUCCUUGGGUGAAAGAAAAUCCUGCUUGAUAAAAACCAUCACUUACGAAAAGAUGUCCUUUGGGGGAGCCAAGCUCAGCAUGAGGAACAGAAGGAACGGCACUCUGGACAGCACCCGGACCCUGUACUCCAGCGCGUCUCGGAGCACAGACUUGUCUUACAGUGAAAGCGACUUGGCGAAUUUUAUUCAAGCAAAUUUUAAGAAACGAGAAUGUGUCUUCUUUACCAAAGAUUCCAAGGCCACGGAGAAUGUGUGCAAGUGUGGCUAUGCCCAGAGCCAGCACAUGGAGGGCACCCAGAUCAACCAAAGCGAGAAAUGGAACUACAAGAAACACACCAAGGAAUUUCCUACGGACGCCUUUGGGGAUAUUCAGUUUGAGACACUGGGGAAGAAAGGGAAGUAUAUCCGUCUGUCCUGCGACACGGACGCAGAAAUCCUCUACGAGCUGCUGACCCAGCACUGGCACCUGAAAACACCCAACCUGGUCAUUUCCGUGACCGGGGGCGCCAAGAACUUCGCCCUGAAGCCGCGCAUGCGCAAGAUCUUCAGCCGGCUCAUCUACAUCGCGCAGUCCAAAGGUGCUUGGAUUCUCACGGGAGGCACCCAUUAUGGCCUGAUGAAGUACAUCGGGGAGGUGGUGAGAGAUAACACCAUCAGCAGGAGUUCAGAGGAGAAUAUUGUGGCCAUUGGCGUGGCAGCUUGGGGCAUGGUCUCCAACCGGGACACCCUCAUCAGGAAUUGUGAUGCUGAGGGCUAUUUUUCAGCCCAGUACCUUAUGGAUGACUUCACGAGAGACCCUCUGUAUAUCCUGGACAACAACCACACGCAUUUGCUGCUCGUGGACAAUGGCUGUCAUGGACAUCCCACCGUGGAAGCAAAGCUCCGGAAUCAGCUAGAGAAAUACAUCUCUGAGCGCACUAUUCAAGAUUCCAACUACGGUGGCAAGAUCCCCAUCGUGUGUUUUGCCCAAGGAGGUGGAAAAGAGACUUUGAAAGCCAUCAAUACUUCCAUCAAAAGUAAAAUUCCUUGUGUGGUGGUGGAAGGCUCGGGCCAAAUCGCUGAUGUGAUCGCCAGCCUGGUGGAGGUGGAGGAUGCCCUGACAUCUUCUGCCGUCAAGGAGAAGCUGGUACGCUUUUUACCCCGCACGGUGUCCCGGCUGCCGGAGGAGGAGACUGAGAGUUGGAUCAAAUGGCUCAAAGAAAUUCUUGAAAGUUCUCACCUAUUAACAGUUAUUAAAAUGGAAGAAGCUGGGGACGAAAUUGUGAGCAAUGCCAUCUCCUACGCUCUGUAUAAAGCCUUCAGCACCAAUGAGCAAGACAAGGAUAACUGGAAUGGGCAGCUGAAGCUUCUGCUGGAGUGGAACCAGCUGGACUUAGCAAAUGAUGAGAUUUUCACCAAUGACCGCCGAUGGGAGUCUGCUGACCUUCAAGAAGUCAUGUUUACGGCUCUCAUAAAGGACAGACCCAAGUUUGUCCGCCUCUUUCUGGAGAACGGCUUGAACCUGCGGAAGUUUCUCACUCACGAUGUCCUCACUGAGCUCUUCUCCAACCACUUCAGCACCCUUGUGUACCGGAAUCUGCAGAUCGCCAAGAAUUCCUAUAAUGAUGCCCUCCUCACAUUUGUCUGGAAACUGGUUGCAAACUUCCGAAGAGGCUUCCGGAAGGAAGACAGAAAUGGCCGGGAUGAGAUGGACAUAGAACUCCACGACGUGUCUCCUAUUACUCGGCACCCCCUGCAGGCUCUCUUCAUCUGGGCCAUUCUUCAGAACAAGAAGGAACUCUCCAAAGUCAUCUGGGAGCAGACCAGGGGCUGCACUCUGGCAGCCCUGGGAGCCAGCAAGCUUCUGAAGACUCUGUCCAAAGUGAAGAACGACAUCAAUGCUGCUGGGGAGUCCGAGGAGCUGGCUAAUGAGUACGAGACGCGGGCUGUCGAGCUCUUCACUGAGUGUUACAGCAGCGAUGAAGACUUGGCAGAACAGCUGCUGGUCUAUUCCUGUGAAGCCUGGGGUGGAAGCAACUGUCUGGAGCUGGCGGUGGAGGCCACAGACCAGCAUUUCAUCGCCCAGCCUGGGGUCCAGAAUUUUCUUUCUAAGCAAUGGUAUGGAGAGAUUUCACGAGACACCAAGAACUGGAAGAUUAUCCUGUGUCUCUUUAUUAUACCCUUGGUGGGCUGUGGCUUUGUAUCAUUUAGGAAGAAGCCUGUUGACAAGCACAAGAAGCUGCUUUGGUACUAUGUGGCGUUCUUCACCUCCCCCUUCGUGGUCUUCUCCUGGAAUGUGGUCUUCUACAUAGCCUUCCUCCUGCUGUUUGCCUACGUGCUGCUCAUGGAUUUCCAUUCGGUGCCACACCCCCCUGAGCUGGUCCUGUACGCACUGGUCUUUGUCCUCUUCUGUGAUGAAGUGAGACAGUGGUACAUAAAUGGGGUGAAUUAUUUUACUGACCUGUGGAAUGUUAUGGACACGCUGGGGCUUUUUUACUUCAUAGCAGGAAUUGUGUUUCGCCUCCACUCUUCUAAUAAAAGCUCUUUAUAUUCUGGACGAGUCAUUUUCUGUCUGGACUACAUUAUUUUCACUCUAAGAUUGAUCCACAUUUUUACUGUAAGCAGAAACUUAGGACCCAAGAUUAUAAUGCUGCAGAGGAUGCUCAUCGACGUGUUCUUCUUCCUGUUCCUCUUUGCGGUGUGGAUGGUGGCCUUUGGCGUGGCCAGGCAAGGGAUCCUCAGGCAGAAUGAGCAGCGCUGGAGGUGGAUAUUCCGUUCGGUCAUCUACGAGCCCUACCUGGCCAUGUUCGGCCAGGUGCCCAGUGACGUGGACGGUACCACGUAUGACUUUGCCCACUGCACCUUCACUGGGAAUGAGUCCAAGCCACUGUGCGUGGAGCUGGAUGAGCACAACCUGCCCCGGUUCCCUGAGUGGAUCACCAUCCCCCUGGUGUGCAUCUACAUGUUAUCCACCAACAUCCUGCUGGUCAACCUGCUGGUCGCCAUGUUUGGCUACACGGUGGGCACUGUCCAGGAGAACAAUGACCAGGUCUGGAAGUUCCAGAGGUACUUCCUGGUGCAGGAGUACUGCAGCCGCCUCAAUAUCCCCUUCCCCUUCGUCGUCUUCGCUUACUUCUACAUGGUGGUGAAGAAGUGCUUCAAGUGUUGCUGUAAGGAGAAAAACAUGGAGUCUUCUGUCUGCUGUUUCAAAAAUGAGGACAACGAGACUUUGGCAUGGGAGGGUGUUAUGAAGGAAAAUUACCUUGUCAAGAUCAACACGAAAGCCAACGACACCUCAGAGGAAAUGAGGCAUCGAUUUAGACAACUGGAUACAAAGAUCAUAUUAAGGAAUGCUGAUGAACCAUUUUGCUGUCGACUACUAAAUGAGAGAUUUUCAGGACCCUGGGUACAGGAUGGAUGAUUUUUAAUCACCCUAGUGUGCUGAAACCUUGAGAAAGUGUGUGAUUGGUUUCACACGUGAAGAUGGAUAUAAAGGAAGAACAUUUCCUUUACGUGUUUCUCCAGAAUGGUGCCUGUUUCUCUCUGUGUCUCAGUGCCCGGGACUGGAGGUUGAUAGUUUGAGUGUGUUCUUACCACCUCCUUUUUCCUUCAAUCUUAUUUUUGAUGAACACGUAUAUAGGAGAACAUCUCUCCUAUGAAUAAGAACCUGGUCAUGCUCUGUACUGUGUCUUUGUUUAUUUCCAAUUGAUUGUCUACCUUUCCCUUUUUUGUAUUAUGUGACUGAUUAGUUGGCAUAUUCUUAAAAGUCUCCCAAAUUAGGCCAGAUUCUGAAACAUGCUGCAGCAAGAGGACCCUGCUGUCUUCAGGAAAAGUGUUUUCAUUUCUCAGGAUGCUUCUUACCUGUCAGAGGAGUGACGAGGCAGUCUCUUGCUCUCUUGGACUCACCAGGCUCCUAUUAAAGGAAUCAUCCCCAUUCCUAAAUAUGUGAAAAGUCACCCAAAAUCAACCUUGAAAGGCACUACUGACUUUGUUCUUAUUGGAUACUCCUCUUAUUUAUUAUUUUUUCCAUUAAAAAUAAUAGCUGGCUAUUAUAGAAAAUUUAGACCAUGUAGAGAUGUAGAAAGAACCUACAUUGUCCCCCAUUACCUUAAGGUAAUCACUGCUAACAAUUUCUGGAUGAUUUUUCCAGUCUAUUUUUUUUCUAUGUAUGCCUCAAUUAUCUUACAAAAUUUUACAGAAUAUUAUCAUACUACAUAUAUACUUUUAUGUAAGCUUUUUCACUUAAUAUUUUAUCAAAGAUGUUUUUAUUGUAUUCAUAGCCUUCUUAAACAUUAUAUCAAUAAUUGCAUAAUAGGCAACCUCUAGUGAUUUCCAUAAUUUUGCUCAUUGAAGACUGUUUCCAAUUGAUAAUUGGAUGAGCAUCUUUGUGCAUGAAUCUUUUUGCUGUAUUUGGGAAAAUUUUCCAAGGUUAGAUUCCAAGAAAUAUUUAUUAUUAAACCAUUUAUAAGGCUUUUUCGUAAAUGUAUAGCAAAUAGGAAUUAUUAACUUGAGCAUAAGAUAUGAGAUACAUGAACCUAAACUAUUAAAAUAAAAUAUAAUAUUUAACCCUUAGUUUAAGAAGAAGUCAAUAUGCUUAUUUAAAUAUUAUGGAUGGUGGGCAGAUCACUUGAGGUCAGGAGUUCGAGACCAGCCUGGCCAACAUGGCGAAACCACGUCUCUACUAAAAAUACAAAAAUUAGCUGGAUGUGGUGUGCACUCCUGUAAUCCCAGCUACUUAGAAGGCUGAGGUACUAGAAUUGCUUGAACCCGGGAGGCGGAGGUUGCAGUCCAGCCUGGGUGACAGAAUGAGACUCCGACUCAAAAUAAAUAAGUAAACAUUGUGGAUGGUGAAGGGAAUAGUACAGAAUUGGAGAGAUUAUCUUACUGAACACUUGUAGUCCCAGCUUUCUCUGGAAGUGGUGGUAUUUGAGCAGGAUGUGCACGAAGCAAUUGAAAUGCCCAUAAUUAGUUUUUCAGCUGUGAAUACACUAUAAACUCAGUGGCUGAAGGAGGAAAUUUUAGAAAGAAGCUACUAAAAGAUCUAUUAGAAAAACUACAAAAGCAUUAAUUUAAAAAGUUUAUUUUUCUUUUGUCUGGGCAGCAGUGAAAACGACUACUCACAACAUUCACUAUGUUUGCAAGGAAUUAACACAAGUAAAAGAUGCCUUUUUACUUAAACGCCAAUAGUGACCUAAAAGGGAAUCUUGUUCAUAGGGCCAAUCAAUUCCUGGUUUCAGAUGCUGACAGUAGAUGGGCAAAAUUUACAUGACAAAAAUCGUCAAUGAAUGAAAUAUUCAAAGUUUCUCUAUUAGUGAAAGAAUGUCACUUUCACUUCACCAUGGCAACUGAAAUGUCUGCCUUUUCUGAAACCAGAAGAGGGUAAUGUCAUCUCCAUGCUGACUGGAGAAAUAAAGUCUAUGGCAGUACGUAAGAUUGUGCAGAAACAACAGCCUCAACCUCUUACCCUCCAUUCAAGCAGGAAAUUUGAGUAAGACCAGUAAAUUAAAUUUAAAACUUCCCAGAAAUCAUAUUUGGCAGAACCUAUUUGAUGAUCCCCUUUGAAUGAAUUUGUCCUUAUAUUCAUAUUUCCACUGACUGUUUCUGUUAGCUUCAGCAAUAGGCCUGUGAUUACAUCAGUAUCAGCUGCAAAAGAAAUCCUCCCAUUGACACUAAAGACAGAAAACUUGCCCAAUACUGAGAAGCAACUUGCAUUAGAGAGGGAACUGUUAAGUGUUUUCAACCCAGUUCAUCUGGUAGAUGUUUUUGCAGGUUACUCUGAGAAUUUUGCUUAUGAAAAAUCAUUACUUUUAGCGUAGUUCACAGUAACGUAUUGAACAUACCUCUAAUCAAAGGUGCUACGUUCUUGUGUAUGGUACUAAAUGUGUCCUGUGUACUUUUGCACAACUGAGAAUCCUGCAGCUUGGUUUAAUGAGUGUGUUCAUGAAAUAAAUAAUGGAGGAAUUGUCA